GGUUGGUACGUAGUUCGUCGCUCAAUGUGGAAGCUGAGGACACCGAAGGGUGGAGAUGAUCCUUACCUUUACAGCACGAAUGGCUUUGUCGGCAGGCAGAUCUGGGAGUUUGACCAUGACGCUGCCGCUCCCGAAGAGCUCGCUCAGGUCGACGAAGCUCGCCGAAAUUUCUCCGUGAACCGCUCUCUCGUCAAGCCCAGCUCCGAUCUCCUUUGGCGCUUCCAGUUCCUGAGGGAGAAAAACUUCAAGCAGACAAUACCUAGAGUGAAGGUAGAGGAUGGGGAAAAGAUCACGUGCAAAGUAGCAAAGGCGGCGCUCAGAAGAGGGGUUCACUAUUUCUCGGCCUUGCAAGCCGAUGACGGCCACUGGCCUGCCGAAAACGCCGGACCUUUGUUCUUCCACCCACCCUUUGUCAUAUGUUUAUACAUUACCGGGCAUCUCGAGAAGAUCUUCUCUUCCGAGCAUCAGAAGGAAAUCCUACGCUAUGUACACAAUCAUCAGAACGAGGACGGUGGAUGGGGGCUACACAUAGAGGGCCUGAGCGUGAUGUUUUGUACGGUUCUCAACUACAUCUUGUUGGCUUGUGAAAAGGCUCGAAAGUGGAUUCUCGACCAUGGCGGCGCCACGUAUACACCCUUGAUGGGAAAGGCUUGGCUUUCGGCUCUUGGAGUGCAUGAUUGGUCUGGCUGCAAGCCCAUGCCACCCGAGUUUUGGUUGCUUCCUUCUUCUUCUCCUAUUCAUGGAGGCACUCUUUGGAUAUAUGCCCGAAACACUUUCAUGGCUAUGUCAUAUUUGUAUGGCAAAAGAUUUGUUUCUUCUCCAACACCUUUCCUUCUCCAUCUUCGAAAUGAGCUUUACCCCAAACCUUACGAUAAAAUCGAUUGGAAGAGCGCGCGGAAUCAGUGCGCUAAGGAAGAUCUCUACAGUCCUCAGACCAUGGUACAGAAAAUGCUUUGGGGCAGCGUCUAUACGUUAACUGAACCUCUCCUAACUCGCUGGCCCUUCAACAAGCUGGUGAGACAAAAGGCUCUCGAAACGACGAUGGAGCUCAUUCAUUACGAGGACGAAAUCGGUCGAUAUCUUUCAGGCGGAUGCGGGGUGAAGUCAUUUUCUAUGCUGGCUUCUUGGGUUGACGACCCGAAAGGCGACUAUUUCAAGAAGCAUAUCGCAAGAGUUCCCGAUUUCAUCUGGGUGGCUGAAGAUGGUAUGAAGAUCCAGUCUUUCGGUAGCCAGUUGUGGGAUACAGCUUUCACGCUUCAAGCACUGCUAGCGACAGAUCUGGAAGGCGAGAUCAGAUCGACGCUCGUCAAGGGAUAUGAUUUCCUAAAGAAAUCUCAGAUAAAAGAAAACCCUCGUCCGAGCAGUUGUGAAAGAGCAUUUCGUCACGUUAGGAAAGGAGGAUGGACAUUUUCGGACCAAGAUCACGGAUGGCCAUGCUCUGAUUGCACUGCAGAAAGCUUGGAGUGUUGCUUGGCCUUCUCAGCCAUGUCGUCUGAGUUCAUUGGUGAGAAAAUGGAACCGGAAAGGCUGUAUGACGCCGUUAAUCACAUUCUCUCGUUACAGAGUGAAAGCGGAGGCGUAGCAGCUUGGGAACCAGCGCCGGGAAAACUCUGGCUAGAGAGGUUUAAUCCAUUGGAGUUUGUGGAAGACGUGGUCGUGGAGCACGUGCAUGUGGAGUGCUCAUGUGCCACCAUAGUAGGGUUGGUCCGAUUCAAGAAACUGUUUCCAGGGCACAGAAGGGAGGAAAUCGAAAGGUUCAUCACUAAGGCUAUAAAGUACGUUGAGAGAAGGCAAUUGCCCGACGGCUCCUGGUACGGAGAUUGGGGAGUGUGUUUCUUUUACGCAACGUGGUUUGCUCUAAGAGGUCUGGUUGCGGUCGGGAGGACUUACCGAGACUCGGCGGCUAUCCGUAAAGCCGUCCGUUUUCUCCUCCGGACCCAAAACGCAGACGGUGGAUGGGGCGAAAGCUAUCUCUCUUGCACCGAAAAGAAAUAUACCCCUCUCAAAGGAAACCGGUCCAAUCUGGUGCAUACGGCCCAAUCAAUGAUGGGUUUGGUUCUUGUCGGCCAGAUGGAGAGGGACCCUGCACCUGUUCAUCAUGCUGCCAAAUUGUUGAUCAACUCACAGUUGGAAAAUGGCGAUUUCCCACAACAGGAGAUCGAGGGGGCUUUCAAGACGAAUGUGAUGCUCCACUAUCCCAACUAUAGAAACAUCUUUCCACUGUGGGCUCUCGCUGAAUACACCAAGCGUUUCCGCCUUUGAUGAUCCUGUUUCAACCAAACCUUAUAUUAUGGAUACUUACGUAUGUCUAUAUGUGUGUGAUUGACUGACUUAUAUCAAAAUGCUUCAUAAAGAACAAAAAAC